AUGACACACCAUACUAUUAUUGAAGGGGCGACUGUGAUUGUAUAUGAUGACGAUGUUGACUCUUUCAAGUCACUGCCCAACACGUCUGUCCUAAUUGCUGGCGACCCCAUCGCAGCCAUCUUUCCAACCGGCGAAGACCAAAGCAUCCCCGAUGAUGCAGAGCUAAUCGAUGCUGCGGGAAAGAUUAUUUCUCCUGGCUUUGUCGAUACUCAUCACCACGGCUGGCAAACUGCCUAUAGAACUAUCGCGGCCGACAGCCACAUCGCCGAAUUCUUCGUCCGGUAUGGGUGGGCGGGGACCAGCUAUGACAACUUUGAUCCUGAAGAUGUGUAUUUGGGUCACUUGAUUAGCCAGUACGAGAUGUUGGACGCAGGAACAACAUCGGUAUUGGAACAUGCCCUGGCAUCCUUCAAUCAAGAAACGGCCGAUGCAUAUCUUGCUGGAAGCCUCGAAACUGGUCUAAGAAACUGGUUUGCUUUUGCUAUCCAGGACUAUUCCCGUUCUCGCAAAGACUUCCCUGGGACACUUGAGCAAAUCAACAUGUUUCAUCAACUCCGCAAGGAACCGAAACUGGCUAAUUCUAAUGUCUAUCUUGGGAUUGGCUAUGACGGCUGGCGCUUUGAUUCCGAGACCACUGACGCAGUGGUCAAGCUUAUCAAGUCGGGCGAUGCCGCUGUUGUGACGAGCCACUUCUCCGGGCCGUAUUACACAAUGAGCAGUCUAGGAAGGUUGGACAACUUGGGGGCAUUUGAUAAUUCCAAGAUCCCAUUCGUGCUUUCCCACGCAUCAUUCGACAUUUUCGACGAAACACGUCUCAUGCGAAAGAAAGACGUCAUACAACUCGACCAGACCGCCCUGGGAGUAGAUAACCCGUGGUCUUGUGCCGCAGACAUGCCUGGCCAAGCUCGUCUCUACCUCCAUCGCGUGCGUGAGCAAUUCUUCAAUCAGGUCACGCACAAUCGCCGACUUCCCAGCACGACUCCCAUGACGGUCGAGCAGGCGUUCCACCUCAUGACUCGCUCCGGAGGUCUUGCAUUUCGCCGAGAUGACAUUGGUGUACUACGCGUAGGGGCGAAAGCAGACCUGCUCGUCAUCAACGGCGACUCGUACAACAUGCUUGGCUGGAGUGAUCCCAUCGCGGCAAUUGUCAUGCAUUCGCACCCUAGCGAUAUCGAGGCUGUCAUGGUAGGCGGGAAAUGGAGAAAGCGCCAUGGCAAGCUCACGCCUCUUGAUGGUGCGACUAGCAUCGAUCAAAUCAAGGCUCGGUUCCUCGAGUCCGCCAGGAAGCUUCAGGGUAAAAUAUUGAGCAAGCCGCGCCCUAGUUUUGAGGGUAGUUUUAUGCCAAGGAUGGAGUAUGAGGCGCCGUACCAGGUUUCCUUAGGUAAGAGGAAGUAA